AUGUAUUAUUACGUAUCAUUUCUUUUUCCUACACUCAUACCAAGUGUUUUAAGUCUUGCAUCUAUCGAUCGUUUAUUGAUAUCUUCUCAAAAUAUUGAUACACGUUUGUACAGCUCUAAACGUUUAGCUUAUUUCUCUAUCAGUAUUUGUAUUACUUUCUGGAUUCUAUUCUAUAUUCAUGUUCUUAUUAAAGUCCAAAUCGAAGAAGUGUAUCCUUCAGUGUUAAGUUGUUAUUUUGAUCUUUUACAAUCGUAUCGUUAUUUUGUUUCUUACUCAUCAUUACUUAUCAGUUUUGCUUUGUGUUUUAUUAUGAUUAUUUUAUGUAUGUUUGCUUUCAAAAAUGUUCGUCGUAUUCGAGCUAAACCACAUCAACAACGACAUGAAGUACGAACAAUGACAAAAAAAGAUUUUCAAUUACUUCGUUGUUUGUUCGUACAAGAUGUUAUCUUCAUUCUUUUCAGUAUACCUCUAAGACUUUCCAGCGCUUAUCAAUCGGCCACAGCUGAUAAAAUAAGAACACCAUUACAAAAAGCCACCGAUGAUUUCUUUAACAAUUUUAGUACAGUUCUUCAUCAUAUUCCUUACUGUGCUAGUUUUUACAUAUUCAUAUUAGUAUCAAAAGCUUUUCGACAUGAACUCAAACGAAUGAUUUUUAAAAUAGUGGGAAUAGACAUACCAUCAAUACAACAUGAAGAAAAGAGACUGAACAAUGCUGGAAGAGAGAAUGUCGAAUUAAAUAUUGCUGUUGUUACUCGUAUUGAAUGUUGA